AUGAACAGCAUCACCCAUAAACUCCGCCAGAAGCGGUCCAUGAUACGCCUUCUCAACCAAGGUCGCUCGAUUCUCGAGUACAACUUCGAUCCAAAUGCCUUCGUUGUCCCCCAGUGGAUCUUGGCGCCCCCCGAGGUGCGCAAUGCCAUGCUCACCCUCCAGUACAGAGCUAUGGUAGCCAUCUAUGCCAUGAAGAGCCUCAUGAUCGCCCGCGACCACCGCUACUUCGAGUUAUGCCCCAAGAACACGGGCUCUCUUAUCUACCAGCUCCAUCAAUCCUCCAUGCGCCGUCUCCUCGAAUGGAAAGAGGAUUGGAACUUCGCCGACCCGACCCUUGCAGCCGCUGCCAAAAUCCCCCGUGACACUCUGCAAUUCUGCGUCGACUCGAUCGCAUACGGGAAUUUUACCUGCCACUACACCAACAAGAUCGACGGCUUUAUGUCUGGUGCUUUCCAGAACUGGCGCCAGCUUCGCAUGGAGAUUGGGCACAUGGCCUUUCGUCUCAUGAGCCAUAAACCGCACGACUACAACGAAUGGCGUGUCUGGUGGGAAGGCAAGUUUGCUGAUGACAUGUGGAAAUGGGAGGUUUGUCUUGAGGGAUUGAUCUUGCCUACCUGGGAGGAAAUCAUCGAUGAUGUUUACCUCAUGAUCAACGAUCGAGUUGAGGAUGCCCAAGAUCUGGCCAACUCAUUCUACAUCAGCACCCCGGGGUUGGCUUCGACCACUUGA